AUGCCGGAAACACUAAAACUACGAAUGCGUGUGACAAUCUUUAUGCGAGGAGGAAAUAAGCAUAUAUUUGACUCUGGGGUGUUAUUAAUAAAUACAACGGACGCCACAUGGCAAUAUUCCUACUUAGAAAUACCGCUAGUCACAACACCAGCUAGCCACGGCAUUAACAAUACAGAAUACGAAAACUCUACUAUCGGAACGACCCCGUUAACAAUAACAGACUUGACAACCAGUUCUUCAAAUGGCACUGGGACGUCUUUAAACGCUACCGCUCCCCCGCCAACAGAAUCCAGUCCAGCACGGACCGUUGAGAUAUACGAUGGUUAUUUUACGUCGCACUCUUUCGAAGACCAGUCUCAGAAAGAAUGGAAUUAUCUAAUCACGCAUUUUCGAUUUAACGGGACUCUAGUCAUCGAUGGUAGCGUAGAGGUACAGAUUAUCGGUGAACACUCGCUCUCAAUAGAGAGUGAGACCGGUGAUAUCACCAUUAACAGGAACUUAAUUCUUGACGGCGAUAUCGGAUCAAACGAAAAUUAUAUAGAUUUCCUCGGUGGAUAUGCAGGUAAUCGAGGACCCGGAAGUGGAUACAAUGGAGACUUUCCUGGCGGAGGUGGUCAUGGUGGCUACGGUGGUGGGUGGUACAAUGACAACGGCACGGUGUAUGGCGGUGCGUAUGGAAUUAACAACGAUCAUGACGAGUUGAUAUUAUUGGGAGGCAGUUCUGGGGGAGUACGUGUCUCAAUUGAUGAUAACUCAACUGAAGUACGUUACGCAAGGGGUGGCGGAGCGAUAGAGUUAAAGAGUCCGGGAAUCGUAAGAAUAGGUGGACGAAUUUCUGCCGUGGGGCAGUCUGCCUCGCAGUCAGUCAAUUCCACAUAUCAGUGCGCGGGAGGUGGUGCCGGUGGCAAAAUUCGAAUAGACUCCAGCGCAGUCGAACUCCUAUAUAAUGGGCAACUGUAUGUUGGUGGAGGAGACGGUAGUUUUGUACCCGAAAAUAAUACAUACUGUGGAUGUGGCGGAGCCGGUGGUGUCAUUGAAGUUUUGGUCAGCGAAGAGGCAAAUGGAUACCUACCAAGAAUAGAGAGAGAUGUGCCCGCUGGCCUUGGCUUUCCACAUAAUGGUAACAGAGGAUAUUUGUCUAUUAAAGCAAAUAAUGGUGUUGGUAACGGCGGUGGCGGUGGUGGGGGCAAUAGCGGUGGCGGUGGAGGAAGUGGAACCUCUGGCAACAAUUGCCCGACUGUUAAUCCUAUAGGUGUUACUGCAACAGCAUCGCCAAUUCAUAGACAUUGCCAAAAUGUUUUAGAGUGUGACAUUCUAGCGCAGUUACUGGAUACCCGUGGCGUCACGCCGUACGACAUCAAUAUCUACAUAGCAGCCCUACUGAGACAAAUCCGAGAAUCAAAUCAAUUGACGGUGACCCAGCUUGUUCGCUUUAUCGAUACAAUGAUACGACUAGUUGAAAUGACGCCAUUGGACAUGUUAGUAUAUCCAAUGGAUAGGGAUAUUUACAUUGAAGAUGAUUCCAGUCGCGCAGUCAGUGGACCAAUUAUCAUGCAAGCUACCGAGGACAUUUGUCUGUUGAUAUCGGAUAAGCUGGGUGAUCUCGAGGAUGAGAGCCCCGGUAGAUUGUCAUUUGUGACCGACGCUUUCGUAAUGGAAAUCGAGAUAGUUGAUCAGCAGUCUUUCAGUGGUACGAACUUUCCCGAUUAUUCUGUUGCCAUAUUCGAGGAGGAGAAAUGGAGACGUCCCUUUGCUCUUAUUAACGUGCCGCCGGUAACUUCCGGUCCUCUGUCAGUGCCUUUAAAAGUGGUAAGCAUUCUUUAUGCUAAUUUAGCUCCGGCGUUACCUGGAAUUCUGUUCACAGAUGUGAGGCUGAAUGAGUCGUACGCUGUAAACAGUCGCGUCAUCAGCUCUAGUGUAAAAAACAAUAUCUCAGAAGACAACACAGAAUUUGAGGAUGACGUGAAAAUCACUUUGGAAAUAAUAGAGGCAACAGCAGAUGAAGACGAUAUUAAGUGUGUAUUUUGGAAUUACUCUGUUCCUGGGACGGAUCGAGGUGGUUGGUCCACUGACGGGUGCACCGUUGGUGGCGUCAACGACACUCACGUGAUUUGUCUGUGUAACCAUCUCACCAACUUUGCUGUGCUACUCAAAUUGAAGGACACUCAGAUUUCAGCAGCUGAUUCGAUGGCACUGGAGAUAAUAACCUACAUUGGGUGUUCGUUAUCACUCUUUGGACUGUUACUCUCUAUCUUAACUAUAGCCUUCUGCUUCAGGGGUUUGAAUUAUGAAUCGGCGAGUAUCAAUAUGAACUUGAUGGUCACUUUAGGGUUAGCUAACAUCGCAUUCCUAGCAGGAGCCGACGCUACCUGGAACCAGUCGCUGUGUACUGGGGUUGCCAUGGUACUACAUUACGUCUACUUAGCAGCGUUUAUGUGGAUGUUAGUAGAGGGUAUGCACCUGUACUUACGAGUUACCAGGGUAUUCAGUACGGGUAUAUAUCUUAAGUUCUACUACCCUAUUGCUUACGGAUUGCCGGCAGUAGUUGUCGCGAUCACGGCCGGCGUAGAUAUUACCUCCUAUGGCUCUGAGUCCGUGUGCUGGUUAUCCGUACACGAUUACAGCAUUUGGGCGUUUGCUGGACCCGCUCUCUUUAUUAUUGUGGUAAAUAUCGGUAUCUUGGUCGUGGUGAUGCACUCGUUUUUGGCAGUUAAAAGUAUCGCCAAGAAACCCAAAAUUGACCAAGCAAAGUGA